CGGGCCGCGCCUGUGAUGAGCCGCAGCCCGCCGCGAGCCCUGCCCCCGGCCGCGCCCGCCGCGCCGCGCGCGCUGCUCCCGCCGUGGCCCCGGCGCCCGGGCCGCCGCUGGCCCGCGUCCCCGCUCGGGAUGAAGGUGUUCCGCAGGAAGGCGCUGGUGCUGUGCGCGGGCUACGCGCUGCUGCUGGUGCUCACCAUGCUCAACCUCCUGGACUACAAGUGGCACAAGGAGCCGCUGCAGCACUGUAGCCCCGACGGGCCGCCGGCGGCCGCGCCGGGGGCCGGCCGGGAGCGCCCGGGCCCCCCGCCGGCCGCGCCGCCCCGCGCAGCGCACGCGCGCCCGGACCCGCGGACCCCGCCGCGCCCGCCCGCCGCCGCCGUCGGGGCGGCCCCGGGGGCGCCCCCGGGCCCCGCGGCCCCGCCGGGCAACGGCACGCGGGGGCCCGCCGGCGGCGGCGGCGGCGGCGGCGGGGGCAAGCGGCAGCUGGUGUACGUGUUCACCACGUGGCGCUCGGGCUCGUCCUUCUUCGGCGAGCUCUUCAACCAGAACCCCGAGGUGUUCUUCCUGUACGAGCCCGUGUGGCACGUGUGGCAGAAGCUGUACCCGGGCGACGCCGUGUCGCUGCAGGGCGCGGCGCGGGACAUGCUGAGCGCGCUCUACCGCUGCGACCUGUCCGUCUUCCAGCUGUACAGCCCCGCGGGCAGCGGGGGGCGCAACCUCACCACGCUGGGCAUCUUCGGCGCGGCCACCAACAAGGUGGUGUGCUCGUCGCCGCUCUGCCCCGCCUACCGCAAGGAGGUGGUGGGGCUGGUGGACGACCGCGUGUGCAAGAAGUGCCCCCCGCAGCGCCUGGCGCGCUUCGAGGAGGAGUGCCGCAAGUACCGCACGCUGGUCAUCAAGGGCGUGCGCGUCUUCGACGUGGCCGUGCUGGCGCCGCUGCUGCGCGACCCGGCCCUGGACCUCAAGGUCAUCCACCUGGUGCGCGACCCCCGCGCCGUGGCCAGCUCGCGCAUCCGCUCGCGCCACGGCCUCAUCCGGGAGAGCCUGCAGGUGGUCCGCAGCCGCGACCCGCGCGCCCACCGCAUGCCUUUCCUGGAGGCGGCGGGCCACAAGCUGGGCGCCAAGAAGGAGGGCGUGGGGGGCCCGGCGGACUACCACGCGCUGGGGGCCAUGGAGGUCAUUUGCAACAGCAUGGCCAAAACCCUGCAGACCGCGCUGCAGCCCCCCGGCUGGCUGCAGGGCCACUACCUGGUGGUGCGGUACGAGGACCUGGUGGGGGACCCCGUCAAGACCCUCCGCCGGGUGUACGACUUCGUGGGGCUCUGGGUGAGCCCCGAGAUGGAGCAGUUCGCCCUCAACAUGACCAGCGGCUCGGGCUCCUCGUCCAAGCCCUUCGUGGUGUCGGCGCGCAACGCCACGCAGGCGGCCAGCGCCUGGCGCAGCGCGCUCACCUUCCAGCAGAUCAAGCAGGUGGAGGAGUUCUGCGCGCAGCCCAUGGCCCUGCUGGGCUACGAGCGCGUCAGCAGCCCCGAGGAGGUCAAGGACCUCAGCAAGACCCUGCUCCGGAAGCCUCGGCUCUGAGCGGGCCCCCCGCCCCCCGCCCCGCGAGACACCCCCCGUCCGGCGGGAGCUGGCUGUUGUUUCCACAAAAGCAGCCCAGACCCAAGCCGCGGCAGCCCACAUAGCCUAUUAUAGAUCCACCGUAUAAAUAACCACGCAGGCACUUGCUGUCGAUGUUUUGAGUCAUGGAAUUUCAAGGAACAGCCACAACACGCGCGCCACACCCAUCCCCGCCAAGACCCACUGGAGAGCGCUUGCGCGUUUGCGCGCGGACCCGCUGGCCCCGGCCCGCGGGUCCCUCCCCACCUCGCCCCUGCGCUCCUUUCCCUCCGCGCCCCUCCCCCUUCCUUCCUCCCUUCCUUCCUCUCCCUCCCUCUCCCCUUCAGCCCCUCCACUCCUUUCCCUCACCGAUCCCCUCCCCUGCUCUCCCGCCUCUCUCCCCCCACGUCGCCACCGACCUUCGUUUCUGAUGGGGGGGUGUUGAGGAAGUCAAGGUCCAGUGACCCCAACCUUGUUUACAAAAGUUCUCGUGGUAUCUGUGAACCUGUAAAGGCGUCGCUUUGACAUGGGGGGAGGGAGUGGAGAAAGGGGGACAGUCCGGAGCAAAAAAAAAAAACAACAACAACAAA